CUUAGCUGCAAAAACCGCGGUUCCACAGACUGGCCAAGCUGACAAGCAAGACCAGGCCGCGCAAACUGCUAGGAGACGUGCUGAGGACUGCACUUUGGCUGCUGCAACCAUCCCUCUUUUCUCUUGUGCACUUCAUCUAGCGUCUCCUUCUCUGUUGUUGUCCUGCAACCGCAGCAGCACUGACAACAGCUAAGUGGCGGAUUCCGGGACUUAGGGUUGGGAGUCUGGGAAGGCGCCUGGCGCGGACAGAACACCGGAGCCCGCCAUCUCUACCAUCACUACUGCACUCACCCCUCCCUGACCAAGAAGAAAGCACUCGCGAGCUGUACUGACUGUCUCAGUUCCCAGUCAGUUAGCUCCUUUCUGCCAAAAUCUGGUGAGUUUUGCGCUUGGAGAAGGGAGGACGGGCUUAGUCUCCAAGAUUGAGGAAAAAAAAAAUCAGAUUGAAUAGUGUUAUUUUGUCAGCUUGUUAAGCAAAGUGCAGCUUUUGCCUGAGCCGCAUUAAGUCUUGAGCCAUGUCUCCUCCUACUGUGCCUCCGACGGGGGUAGAUGGUGUGUCCGCAUACCUGAUGAAGAAAAGGCACACUCACAGGAAGCAGAGGCGUAAGCCCACUUUCCUUACUCGUAGGAACAUCGUGGGCUGCCGCAUUCAACACGGCUGGAAAGAAGGCAACGAACCAGUGGAACAGUGGAAGGGCACUGUGCUGGAGCAGGUUUCCGUGAAGCCUACCCUGUACAUCAUUAAAUAUGAUGGCAAAGACAGUGUGUAUGGAUUAGAACUACACAGAGAUAAGAGAGUUUUAGCGCUAGAAAUUCUUCCUGAGAGAGUGCCUUCUCCUCGCAUUGAUUCGCGCUUGGCAGAUUCCCUGAUUGGGAAGGCAGUGGAGCAUGUGUUCGAAGGUGAGCAUGGUAAGAAAGAUGAAUGGAAGGGUAUGGUGCUGGCGCGAGCCCCGGUAAUGGAUACUUGGUUUUACAUCACCUAUGAGAAAGAUCCAGUCCUUUAUAUGUACACUCUGCUGGAUGACUACAAAGAUGGUGACCUGCGCAUCAUUCCAGAUUCCAACUACUAUUUCCCUACAGCAGAACAGGAGCCUGGUGAGGUGGUCGACAGUCUCGUGGGCAAGCAGGUUGAACACGCCAAAGAUGAUGGAUCCAAGAGAACUGGUAUUUUCAUCCAUCAAGUAGUGGCCAAGCCGUCUGUCUACUUCAUUAAGUUUGAUGAUGAUAUUCACAUUUAUGUCUACGGUUUGGUGAAAACCCCGUAAGUUUACAGUGCUCUUUGCUAAAGUUGUGGAACUAUCAGUUGUAAAAUAUUUUGUGUUCUCAAAAUUACAAGUUUUGAGAACAAUUUUGAGAUCAGAAAUUCAGGGCAGUGGGCAAAUCUUAUUGUGCCUCAAAAUCUUAUAUUGACAAUUUGCCAGUUUUGAUCCAAGUGUACUUUGAUACUUUUGAUGUUGAUUUGCUCUGUAAUUGGAAAUUUAAAAUGAAUGCUAAGAAAAAAGAAAGUGUUCAGAUCCAUUGAAGCAAUACUAAAGUAGAUAAACCAUACACAUCUUCCCCGAUCCUGUUUUACCUUCCCCCUCUCUUCUUCCUGGUAACAAAUUUGAGAACUUCUCAUUCAUCUUAGCAUAUUUUCCCCAUUUUCAUACAGGAAGUUUGUUGUAGUUUUUGUAAAAUUAACAAGUCAGAUGACAUGUCUUUUUAUGAAUAACACCAUCAAUCUCUGUCUCUCACUCCCUGUAACAACGGUGUACACAGUAUAUAGAGAUGUGUCAAAAAGCAUUCAUUUUGUUACUCAUGGCCAUUUAUUUCCUUCCUUAUCCAUCACAUUGCUGUAAUAUAUUAGGGUGCUCUUAUUUCUAUAGGCCGGAUUCCUAGAAAUGUUAAGUGGACAUUUUUAACUUAAAGAAAUACUGCAAUACUGUCCUCCAAAAUAAAAGUACCCAUUUCUAGCAUCCUCUGCAGCAAUUUUCGAUGUCUGAAAAUCUUUAAAGGUAAAAAGUUCCAUGGUUUUCCUGGUUACUUUAAUUGCUGUUUACCUGAUUUCAAUAAGAUUUAUUUUUCUACUUGGGAUCUUUCUCUUUUGUGAUUUGCUAAUUCCAAUCCUUUGUUUUUUCAAUCUGUUGAACUGAAGAUCUUUUCCGUAUAAAUUUGUAGCAAUGACUACUAUAAAGUGCAUUUAAUCAUGUGUAUUUCAUUUGUUAAUGAUUUUCCCAUCAUACCAUUAAUCUUGACUUUAUUGGUAAUAUUGUUCACUUUAUAAUUAGCAAAAGAAUAUUUCCUUUAUACAUUUUUGAAUUUUUAUUUUAUUCAGAUAGAUGUCUCUAAGUCAUACUGAUACUUGUUUUAGCCUGUAAUUUUUAUUUUCUUAAAAUGUUUGAUCAAUCUCAAAUUCGUUUUUAUAUAUGGUAAAAGAUAAAACUACACAUUUUUUUUCAGAUUACACAUCCAGUUGUAGAAAUACUUUAAAAAAGAUCACUCAUUUUCAAAUUUCUGAGCCAAAAUGAGUUUUAAACACAUUAACUGACUAGAAGUUGUAAAAACUGGAAUAGAAAAUCCUUUUUCAUUAUUUAUUUUUUCUCAUAUAAUUUGUCUUCUACAUUCAUCCUUUUAUCCUUUCAUGUGAAAACCAAGUGCAUUUUGUUACCAUUUUAAAAGAGAUCUGAAAUCUAAGUAGAAUUGCAUCAAAUUUGUGCAUUCCUCUUUACAAGAAUAGUAUUACUAUAUUCAUCCCUUAACAAUUAGGAGUUUUGGUAUAUCAUUGAAAUCUUUUCAUCUUGUUUUCAUAACAUUCUUUAGAUGGGUCUUUUGUAUCACAUGAAAUUUAUUUGUCAAAUCUCAUUGCUGUAUGUUGAGUAUUUUUCCUCAUAUAUAACUUGUUUUUUUAAUCAAUAGAGGCAAUCUACAGAUUUUAUAUUUUUGUCUUUAGCCAAUGAGUUUAUUUAAUCCUAUAAGUUACAUUGAGCUUUUAAAAUAGAAUCUUUUGGACUUUCUCAAUAUACAAUCAUUUCACCUGUAAAUAGAGAUAAUAUUAUUUCUUCUAAUGUUUAUACUUAUUAGUAUUACAGUAGCUGGAUUCUCCAGAACCGUGUUAUGAAGUGAUGAUGACAUGCCUGUCUUAUUUUUAAUUUUCAUGGAAAUGACUUCUCUAUUUCAUAUUAGUAUGACAUUUGUUGUUGAUUACUGAUAAUUAUUAUGCUUAGAAGUUUCUUCUGUUCCUGUUUUUAAAUAGUACUAUUAGUAGAAAUGAUUCUUUGACUUUUAUCAAAUGUCUCUUCAGUAUCUAUUAUUAAAGUCAUGUUUUUUUUUUCCUUUAGUUUCUUGAUAUAAUGAUUUAUUAGAAUGGGAGUUAUCAAAUGUUUCUUCAGUAUCUAUUAUUAAAGUCAUGCUUUUUUUUCCUUUAGUUUCUUUAUACAAUGAUUUAUUAGAAUAAUAGCUAUCAAAUGUCUUUUCAGUAUCUAUUAUUAAAGUCAUUUUUUUCCUUUAGUUUGUUGAUAAAAUGAUUUAUUAGAAUUGUGGUUAUUUAGUAUUGAAUGAAACCUGUAUUUCUGGAAUAAAUCCUACUUCUUCAUGGUGAAAUAAUCGUUUACUAUAUUGAUGGAUUUUAUUUACCUAAAAAUCACUUAGGACUGGAUUUGCAUUCCAAAGUGAAGUUACAUUUUUUUUUCCUUUCAGAUGCUGUUUCUAUGAUGUUUUGUUAUUAAAGUUGGGCUACCUUUAAAAAGUGACUUUGUGAGUUUUCUCUUUUCCUGUGAUGUCAAAUAGUUUAAAUAGCAUUAGAAAUUUUCUUCCAAAGUUAGCUGGGACUAAGCUGAAAAACAAUCUAAUCCUAAGAACACAUUUGAUUAUGGAUCUUUAAUGGAGUUUUCUGAUUUUUUUUAACCGGUGGCAGUUGGCUUUUUUGAACUUUUUGUUAAUACAGAAUAUAUAUUUUUCUGCCAUGUACAAAAUAUAUAUUCUAUGGUCAAUUACAUAAGAAGUUAAAAGCUGUUUGUAUUAUAGUUUGUUGGGUGUAUUAUUUGAAUGUUUUAUGUCCUUGUGUUUUUUAUGCAAACUAGAUUUGUCCAGUUCCGAAAAUGUAAUAAAAUCAUCAGCUAUAAUGGUAUUUUUAAUUCUCUUUGUAUUUCUUUAUUUAUCAGAAAAAUUUAAAAAUGUAAGAAAUUAUUACAGAUGUGAAAAGCAUUUGUUUAUCUCCACUCCAAAUUAACAAAUGUCAUUAUUGUGUUAUGUUUGCUUUAAACAUAGAUUUAUAUUGCAGCUAAUCAGGUUUAAUAUAAAUUUAUUUUCAACUACCACAGAGGCAAACACUGACAGGAAUUUGUUGUGAAUC